GCCAAGUCCUGAUCCGGAGCCGAGUCCUUCGGGAAAACGGAAAAUACAUUCCAAAACAGUCCUUCCUGACCCGGAAAUACUUUUUUAAUAACCCAGAAGAUGGCUUUUUUAAGAAAACAAAAAGAAAGGUAGUGCCUCCUUCACCAAUGACAGAUCCUACCAUGCUAACAGAUAUGAUGAAAGGGAAUGUCACCAAUGUUCUGCCUAUGAUCCUAAUCGGCGGUUGGAUCAACAUGACAUUUUCGGGAUUUGUCACAACAAAGGUCCCGUUUCCUCUGACGCUACGUUUUAAACCAAUGUUGCAGCAGGGAAUUGAACUGCUCACUUUAGAUGCGUCCUGGGUGAGCUCUGCUUCCUGGUACUUCUUGAAUGUGUUUGGACUCAGAAGCAUUUAUACUCUCAUCCUGGGCCAAGAUAAUGCUGCAGAUCAGUCUAGAGUGAUGCAGGAACAGAUGACAGGGGCAGCAAUGGCCAUGCCAGCAGACACUAACAAAGCAUUUAAGACAGAAUGGGAAGCUCUGGAACUGACUGAUCAUCAGUGGGCCUUAGAAGAUGUAGAAGAGGAGCUCAUGUCAAAGGACCUCCAUUUUGAAGGCAUGUUUAAGGAAGAACUUCAGACCUCCAUCUUCUGAAUUUGAGAAUAUGCUUUUAUUUCCUCUUCUAAAAGUAAUUCAAAAAUAAAUCUGUUACUUAACACUCUAUAAUGUAUUUUAGCAAGGCUGAGAAUAAAAAAAAAAAA